UCACCCUUGUCGUUCUUCCCGUGCGACUAAAUUUGUUGGUUAUAAUAGGUAUUUAACAAAAAUACCGUGUAAGACUUUGUGCAAAAAUCAUGGCUUUGGUUUCUGCGAGAGCAAUUUUAAGUCCGGCGACACGCCAGACCGUCGGACACACAGUUUUCAGCAGACAGCUCGCAAAAUACCAACGGCAAAACCAGGUACACAGUCAAUUAUUCCUACCAACAAUCUUCGCUCAGAGAUUUUAUGCCGAGAAGGUGGUAUACAGUAGAGAAAAACCCCAUUGCAAUGUAGGAACUAUCGGUCACGUAGAUCAUGGAAAAACAACCUUAACAGCUGCCAUAACGAAAGUUCUCUCGGAGAAAUCGUUGGCAACAGCAAAAGGCUACAAUGAAAUAGAUAAUGCACCUGAAGAAAAGGCGCGAGGAAUUACAAUUAAUGUUGCUCAUGUCGAGUAUCAAACUGAAAAUCGGCAUUAUGGACACACGGAUUGUCCCGGUCAUGCCGAUUUUAUUAAAAACAUGAUUACAGGAACUGCUCAGAUGGAUGGUUCCAUUUUAGUAAUUGCUGCAACUGAUGGAUGUAUGCCUCAAACAAGGGAGCAUUUGAUCCUCGCGAAACAGAUCGGCAUCGAAUACAUCGUCAUUUUUAUCAAUAAGGUGGACGCCGCAGACGCGGAAAUGGUGGAACUUGUCGAGAUGGAAAUUCGGGAACUAGUGACCGAGCUGGGCUUUGAUGGCGAUAAGUGUCCAGUAAUCAAGGGCAGUGCUCUUUGCGCCCUGGAAGGCAAGAAUCCCGAAAUAGGAAGCGAGUCCAUACUGAAACUUUUGGAAGCCGUAGACACUUUUAUUCCGAAUCCCGUCCGAGAACUCGACAAGCCUUUCGCGAUGCCUGUGGAAAAUACGUACUCAAUUCCCGGAAGAGGAACGGUCGUCACAGGCAGACUCGAACGAGGAAUCGUGAAGAAGGGCAUGGAUUGUGAGUUUGUCGGUUAUAGCAAAACAAUCAAAAGUACAAUAACGGGGAUAGAAAUGUUCCACAAAAUCCUGGAGGAGGCCCAAGCUGGGGAUCAGCUCGGUGCUCUGGUCCGUGGAGUGAAGAGAGACGAAAUUAGAAGGGGUAUGGUUAUGUGCAAACCGGGAACAAUGAAAGCUGUCGAUCAUGUCGAAGCUCAGAUUUAUUUGCUCAGUGCCCGAGAAGGCGGCAGGAAGAAACCAAUCUCUAGUUUUAUGCAACUUCAAAUGUUCAGCAAAACCUGGGACUGUCCGGCUCAAGUAGUCCUACCUGAAGGAAAAGCAAUGGCUAUGCCAGGAGAAGAUUCCUCGUUGAUUCUUAAAUUCUACAGGCCAAUGGUUGCCGAAAGGGGUCAGCGUUUCACGUUAAGGGAUGGUAGUAUAACAUUAGGAACUGGUGUUAUCACCAAGAUCUUCAAAAAUCUUACUGAACAGGAACGAGGAUUGGUAGUAGAAGGAAAGAAAGCCCAGCUGGCAAUGGAGAAGAAAGCGAAAGAAAGGCAGAAAAAUUGAACUUAGAUAUUAUUCAUAAGACACAUUUUACCCUGUAAAUUAUCAAACAUGCAUACUAAGAAUAAAAAAUAAAUCGCCGAUUCAGGAUGCAAUCGACUCAGCGAGAUUAAAA